AAGCGGUCACAUUUCAUAAUCACCUGCAAACGUGAGUGAAGUGUUUGUACUAGUGGGUGUGUAUGUCACGCCUGACGCAGUUCGUGGAAAUGCUGACUCUCUCUCUUGGAAUUCAUGAGAAUCUUUUAAUCUCUGCUCGUGCAACAUCACACGCACUGGAGCCGAGUCGCCAUAUCCUGAGCACAUAAGGCAGCCAGAUAUCUUUGAGGAGACCAGCCUUUACAACUCGCUUCAGUCAGAUCAGAACAGAGCACCAAGAGAGACACCUCUCGACAAUUUACUGGGAGGCAACUUUACGCGCACUGGAGACAUUCACGUCACUUCUUCCCAUGUUUGCGAUCGAUGGAGCAGGUGUUUGAUACAAAGCUCUUUUUGGACUUUCUCGCUUGUCUUCAAAAUAUUUUUUCUCAACUCCAGUGACAUUCACGAGUAUCUAUCUUCAAGUGUGUUUGAAGUGAUCGACAUCCACAAGAGAAAUGGACAACAGCUCUGGUGGUGGAGUCAUCCUGUACGCAGGGUCCUCUGGCAGUUCCAGCCCCAGCCCGGGCAGCCCCUCCAGUGGGUACCAGACACAGUCACCGUCUUCCCCCUCCCAGCCAUCAUCUCCAGAGGAGGUUACGUUCACAGAGAUUGGGGCGUUUAAACAUAGGGCAGCUGGGUCCACCACACCUUCCUCUAAACUGAUAUUCCAGUUCCCAGAGGUCUACAGUGCCCCCCCAGUGGCAGCCACUCCUCAGCACACCUACGCGUAUCCCAUCGCAGCAAAGAGGCCAUGCGGUUUCACGGGAACAUUCACAAAGACGGGUGGAAUGGUUCUGCUUUGCAAAGUCUGUGGGGACAUUGCAUCUGGUUUCCACUAUGGAGUGCAUGCAUGUGAGGGUUGCAAGGGUUUUUUCCGCCGCAGCAUCCAGCAGAACAUCAACUACAAGAUGUGUGUCAAGAAUGAGAACUGUCUGAUCAUGCGCAUGAACCGCAACCGGUGCCAGCACUGCCGCUUCAAGAAAUGCCUCUCUGUUGGCAUGUCGAGAGAUGCUGUGCGUUUUGGCCGCAUCCCCAAGAGAGAGAAGCAGCGGCUUCUGGAUGAGAUGCGAAGCUACAUGAACAGCUUAAAUGAGUCGACGGCAAUGGACAUGAACUCACCUCCAGUAAGGGAGACUCCCGGUAGCCCAGAAGAUGGCCACUCAAAAGAGGCCAUUGGGGCCAUCGCCACAGCCUACUGCGAUAUCUUCACCAGCAGCAGCAGCCAUGAGACAGAAGCCAAGACUGCAAGCAUCAGCACCAACAAUAACGCGUCUCCCUUUUCUCGGGAUGCCAGUUUUACCCAAGUCUCCACUCACCCCACCUCCACCCUGAGUUAUCAGUCUUGCCCCGUUGCGCCUGCAACUCUUGGUCCAGUUGGCCCUAUUGACAACCAACCGACAUUCCUCAAUGUGGACGACAAUUGUUACGGUUACUUAGUGUCAGCAAAUCAGAAUUAUGAUCAGUCUAACAGUACAACCUCUCAAAAAGGCCACUCUGCCAAUCAUAACAGUUUUUGCAAUGCAGGAAGUUCCCAAAAUCAGCCCACCUGCCCAUGGAAAUUAGCUUCAGGAGCUAAAGUGCUGGCCUGUCCUCUCAAUGCGUGGCCUGUAUCAGGGGCAAAUCGCACGAGUCAGGAGAUAUGGGAAUCCUUCUCGCAGUGUUUCACUCCUGCUGUCAAGGAGGUGGUAGAGUUUGCCAAGGGCAUUCCAGGAUUUCAGGAGCUUAGCCAACAAGACCAGGUCAUGCUGCUCAAAUCAGGCACCUUCCAGGUUCUGAUGGUUAGGUUCUGUACCUUGUUCAAUGCUGAUGAGCGAACAGUGACUUUCCUGAAUGGCCAAACGUACUCCCUGUCCACCCUGCGGGCCUUGGGCAUGGGCUCUCUGCUGGACGCAAUGUUUGAUUUCAGUGAAAAGCUGAGCUCCUUGGGGCUCCAGCCUGAUGACAUGGCCCUCUUUAUGGCCGUGGUGCUGGUCUCUGCAGAUCGUUCUGACAUCACAGACAUGUGGGCUGUGGAGCAGCUACAGGAAGGUCUGAUCCAUGCUCUGCGGUCACUGAUCACUCGCCGCCGCCCAGAUGACACAACUCUCUUCCCCAAACUCCUCCUGCUCCUGCCCGACCUGCGCACCCUGAACAAUCUGCACGCCGACAAAUUGUUGGCCUUUCGCAUCGACCCUUGAGCAGAGGCUUGUUUAUGGAGCACCUCGCCACAAACUGUACAGAGAAAUAUACAGGACACCAGAGACACACACAGGAAGUCUCUUCCAAGGACAGGACCACCUUGAAAAUUUAGGAAAAAAGGAAUUGUGCAAUCUGAGGAGUGGUUUUAAAAAAGAUGAAUGAGGGCAGUAGUGAACUUUUUUUUUAUUCACUGUUGAUCUUCAUGCUGUUUUGGGACAAAUAAACAUACAACCUCACCACCUCUUGAGAGACAUUGUUCCAGUAACAAAUAAAAAAUGGCCAUGUAGACUUAGUAUUACCUUUUUGUGCACUUGCUCAUUUUAUCCAGUAAGAAUAAAAGCCAGUUCACUUCUGUUUAUUACUUAAGCCAUACAAUAUUGACACGCAGCAGCUGAAAGACAGUUAUUAUUUAGGGAUCAUUAGAGAUUAUCAACAAUGUCGGUCUGUGUUUAAGAGAUUGGGAACCUGUAUAUAAUACAUAGCUAAAUCAGAAAUAUUAAGGUAAUCAUGUAUCACUGUUUCACAUAAAUAGGAUCUGUAUUAGUACUGGAAUGAGACCACUAUUUUAAUGGGUCACUUGUACACAAUAGGAUGCAUUCUGUCUGAAAGUGGCCCGCCUUGGUUUUAAAUAUGCCAACUUCGUAAGUCAAUGGCAUUUUAUUUUAUGUGUCAUUGUGCUGCAUGACAGCUGGACUGGUUGAGACGCCUCAUGCAUGUUGGGUUUUGUAGUUCCUUUGUUUAUUUUUGUUGUUGUAAAUAUUAUGUUACCCUAAUGUUUGUGUAUCAAGGACUAAAUUGAUGUGAUGGAUCGGAUAGAUGAGUUCUGUGUUCAAGAGAAUGUACUGUCCUUCCUGCAAUUGGUGAGGAUUUGGCCAUGCCAAGGGGGCUUUGCACAGGAGAACAAAUAGUGAAGCUUCUCAGACAGCUUGGACAAAAUUCCCGCUAUCAGAUGAUGUAACCAACCAGCACAAUCCCUGAAAUCACCAGCACUCCCUCCAAAUGCACCCUUCCUCUGACCCCAAUGUUUGUCAUACAAACAAGAGAUAUUUUUGGGUGAGAGAUCUUAUUUGAUUGGUCUUCUCACUAUUUGCUUGUUUGAUUGUGUCUGAUUGAGCACGUCUUAUAUAUUUUGUAAAUCUUUAUUCCUAAAUAGAAAUGAUAAAAAUAUAUAAACUUUGAAUGAUGUAUUA